CCAAAGAAUGCAUGAAUCUACACUUCACAAUGGACUAAAUCUACACAACACUUCACGACACUAUGAAAACAACAACCGCGGGAAAACUGGAGAACACAAUAGUGGACGGGAUCUUCUGGAGGGACUGGGUGCGAUUCCUACAAAAGCAUGGUUUGGACGAACAUCAGAUACUCUGAAGUUUGCUGUAAGUUUUAACGUCUGUAAAAAUCUCUAUCGUGACGAUCAUCAGCGAAUAAUGGCUGGUUUAGAGAUCCUUUCACCCGAAGGGCUGCGUCUCGAUGGCCGAAGACCGCACGAACUUCGGAAGAUUGUCUGUAGAAUGGGAGUUUUCAAACAAGCUGAUGGUUCUGCUUACAUCGAAAUGGGAAACACUAAAGCGUUGGCGACAGUUUACGGCCCUCAUGAGGUCACGAAUAAGGCGAAGAUCCUUCACGAUCGAGUGCUGCUGAACUGUCAGUUUAGCAUGGCGACAUUCAGCACGGGUGAACGAAAGAAGAGACCGAAAGGGGACCGGAGAUCAACAGAGACAUCCAUGCUCAUACGAAGGACAUUUGAAGCAGCGAUUCUGACACAACUUUAUCCUCGAUCGCAGAUUGACAUUUAUGUACAGAUUCUCCAAGCUGAUGGUUCUAACCAGAGUGCCUGUAUUAAUGCCGCUACGUUAGCUCUUAUUGAUGCUGGAAUUCCAAUGAAGGACUAUGUCAGUGCUUGCACUGUGGGUUUCAUCAACGAUAAGCCAUUAAUGGAUAUCAACUAUUUGGAGGAGAGCUUUGGAGGACCACAGCUCGGUCUGGCUGUUUUACCAAAAUCUGGCAAAAUUGUCAUGUUUCAGAUGGAUUCCAGACUACAUGUUGACAACUUGGAAAAAGUUCUGGACUUAGCUAAGAAAGGAUGCACUGAUAUACACAUCUUACUAAGACAAACUGUACAUGAUUAUUCUCAAGAAUGUGUUGCUUCUUUUACUGGUAAUCAGUAAUUUAGUAAUUGGGCUGAGUGGAGUACAAUUCAGAGAGUAAUUGUGCGAGUAAUUUUAAAAUCAGACGAGCAUGAAGCACGAGGCUGAUUUUAAAUUACGAGCAUGAUUACUCCCUGAAUUGUACAACACAAGGUCCUAUUACUAAUUAAUUGUAUCUAAAUGUAACAUAAUUUGAAAUUGAAAAUGUCUUAUGAGAACUAAUCUCUUGACCAAAAAAGUCAGUUGUGCUUUUCUAUAAUUUUUAAAAACUGUAGUGAACAUGGAAAAAGAAGCCAUUCAAGCACAUGUAAUUGACGUGCGAAUGGCGCAUGUAUCCGGUUACAAAUGGUUGUAAUUGAAUACCUGUAAUUGGGCACCCACAUGAUUGCAUGCUGAUUACAUGUCAAAUAGGCACACAGAGAACCAAUCCCAAUCAAGAAUUUUUUUAUAGGUAAGCGGAGCCCCAUGCCCAUAUAGGAAAGAAAAGGAAACCGAUAAAUAGAUUUUCUCAUGGUUAUCAUGGCUAGUGGUAUUGCUCGUGGGUGUGUACACAUGAUGGCGGUGGCAGUGGCAAUGGAGUUGCCCAAGAUGGCGUCCAUACUCCAGCUAAUAGGUUGAAAGAGACAUGCAGCCUUGGUUUACAUGUAUAACGUCCUUUGAUAU